AUGCAUUUAAUGGUUAUUGCUCUUGUUUCUCUUUCAACUUUAAGCAUUCCAAGAACCUCUACCAUGUUGACAUUGAAUGGAACCAACCACAAACAGUGGGUACAAUCUCUCAUGUUGAAUUUGACUCUAAUGAGAGUGGAUUUGGCCUUGAGAAUGGAUACACCGCCUAAACCUGCUGAUGAUGCCACUGAAAAGGAUAAGAAAUCCUAUGAGGAUUGGGAGCAUUCCAAUCGCUGUUCUUUGAUGCUUGCGAGGUAUCACAUGGAUGAGUCCAUUCGUGAUAGUAUUCCUCAGAUUGAAAAUGCAAAGGAUUUUCUUGCUGCCAUUAAGGAAAAGUACAAAAAGUUCUCAAAGAAUGAGAAAAAUGAGUGCUUGACUUUUUUCCAUCGCACUAAUUAUGCUGAUACGGGUGAUAUUAGAGCCCACAUUGACAAGCUCAUGGGUUGUUACCAAAAGCUCAAGGGCAUGGGAUUGGAUCUUGGUGAGGAUUACAUGGUGUGGUUUAUGAUGGAAACCAUUCCUUCUCAAUUUGAUUCGAUCAGAUUAAGCUACAAUUCUCAAAAGGAGCAAUGGAUCAUUGAGGAGAUGACUGCUAUUCUUGCCAAAGAAGAAGAGGACAUGAAAAAGGGGAGAGCAAAAAGUAUUUCCAUGGUGAUCAAUCCAAACAAUUCUCACAAGAGAAAGUUCACUCCCAACAACUCUGGUGACCUAAGGUUUCAUAAGAAGAAAGCCACCAAUCCUAAGGAAAAUAGACAAGCAAGCUUUUCUUCAACUGGUCACAAGAAUGAGUUUUUCAAAGGGAAGUGCGACUUUUGUCAAUGCUUCGGGCAUAAGAAAGUUGAUUGUCGAAAGCUCAAAGCUCACUUAGAGAAGAAAGGCAGUGACAUGUCAAAGAAGGUCGAAUCUGGAAUACUGACUUUGUAUCGUGACUCUAUGUUGGUUGGAAAUGGAACUUUGUGUGGAAACUUAUAUAAGAUUGAUUUACUUGAUGUUGUUCCUAUUACUUCUCCCUCUUGUCCUUCUUCUUCUUCUCUUAAUAUUGUUGUUGGUUCUAAACGUGUAAGAUCAGAUUUGAAAUCUUCCAUGUUUUGGCACAAACGUUUAGGCCAUAUUUCUAGAGAUAGAAUGGAGAGAUUGGUGAAAGAUGGUCUACUUCAGGAUCUCGAUUUCUCCGAUUUAACUGCCGGUGUUGAUUGUAUAAAAGAAAAGUUGACUGCCAAGGUUAGAAAGAGUAAGUCAGACAGAUCCGUAGAUGUGUUAGAGCUUAUUCAUACUGAUAUUUGUGGGUCUUUUGUUCCACCUGCUAUGGGUGGUUAUAAAUACUUUAUCACCUUCAUUGAUGAUUUUUCCCGAUAUGGCCAUGUUGAGCUCAUUCGUGAAAAAUCUGAAUCUUUAGAUGCCUUUAAGAUUUUCAAGACAAAUGUUGAGCUUCAAAAGGGAAAGAAGAUUAAAGCUGUCGAUUCCGAUAGAGGUGGAGAAUAUUAUGGGCGUUAUGAUGAAACUUGA